GAGCGCCGCGGGGACCAGGUGUCAGGCGCCGAGAUGCGGCUGUGGCUCUGGCUGCUCCUCCCCGCCGUGCAGCUGGCAGCUCUCCUUGGCAGCUCCACACUCCAUCAGACUCCUCAGUACCUCGUGGUUCAGACCAACACAGUGGUGCCACUAGUCUGUGACGCCAAAGCCUCCUCCACCAGCACGUCCAUCUACUGGCUGAAGCAGCCCCAGGACCCCAGCAUGCACAGUCACCAUGAGUUCCUGGCCGUCGUGGAUUCUACCAAAAAGACUGUGUACGGCAAGGACGUGAAGCAGGAGAGGCUAACUGUGCGUCAGGAGGGAACCCAGUCCAUCCUCAAUCUCACAAGUGUGAAGCCUGCAGACAGUGGUGUCUACUUCUGCCUGACCAUUGGGACCCCCAAGCUGACCUUCGGGACGGGAACUCAGCUGCGUGUGGUUGAUGUCCUUCCCACCACUGCCCAGCCCACCAAGAAGUCCACUCCUAAGAAGAUAAGAUGCCGGCCCCCAAGCCCGGUGACGCGCAAGGAUUCGCUCUGUGCCCCCCUGACCCUCGGCCUGCUGGCGGCCGGAGUCCUGAUUCUGCUGGUGUCCUUGGCUGUGGCCAUUCACCUGUACUGUAAGUUGUCCCCUCUUGGGUCGGCAUGGUGA